CUGCAUAGACCCAAUUUCUUUCCUACCGAUGGCUGCUAUCCUGUAGUUCGAAGUGUCUUUCUUCACCUCCGGUCCAUCUUUACGUCUAGAGAGUCGCCGAGUCGGGGUGGGGGUGUGACGGCGGCCGUGGAGGGUCAGUUUAAGGCGUGGCUGUGUGUGCAGCUCGCCGAGAGGCGGUCCCCGUAGGCCCGAAGCCUGGGACGGGCGGGUCUCACGGGCACCCCGCCUCCCUCCGGUCGCUGCGAAUGCUCUCCGAGCUUCCAUCUGCUCGCUCGCCCUCUGCAGAAGCCUCCCUAGCCGCCUUCCAGGUUCCUCUUCCAGCACAGAACCCUGCCACGAGCUAUCGCUCUGCAGCUGCAGCCGCAGCCGCCGCCUCCACCGCACAGCCCAGCGAUUGUGGAGCUCGGGAACUCUGUGCAAGGACUCAGAUCCCAUUCUCGAAGAAAAGAGAAAGGUAGAAAAAAUGGUGGCUGACUGCCUGACAAAUUGUUACCAGGUCUCAGUAACUUUUGAUGAUGUGGCUGUGGACUUCACCCAAGAAGAAUGGAUUUUAUUGGAUCAAGCUCACAGAGACCUCUAUAGAGAGGUGAUGCUGGAGAAUUACCAGAACCUGGCCUCAGCAGGAUGUGAGGUCAUCAAACCCAGUCUGAUCUCCUGGUUGGAAGAAGAGGAUUUGCACAGAGAAGAUCUCCAAGAAUGGGAAAUGCCACUUGGCACCCAAGAGUCAACAUUUCAUCAGGAUUUUUUGAGGGGACAGACUUCCAGUGGAGUACAAACAGGCAGAAGCCACAGUGCUCGAGAACUCUGUUACUAUACACAAUGUGGAGAAAUUUUCAGUGAACACUCAUAUUUCAAGACACAUGUGAAAACGCACAGUGCAUGGAACACUGGACAUCUCAGCCACUCAGAUCAGGAUGCAUCUGCUCCAGUACACACCAUUAAAACGUACCCAUGUAAGCUUUGUGGGAAAGCCUUUGGGCGAUCUUCAAAUCUCAAUAGACACCUGCGAAGCCACACUGGAGAAAAACCCUAUGAGUGUAAGGAGUGUGGGAAAGCCUUCACUACCUACUCAAGGCUAGUGGAACACUUUAGAACUCACACUGGAGAAAAACCGUAUAAAUGCAAGGAUUGUGGGAAAGCCUUUGCUAAGCGGUCAGGCCUUAUAACACACAUAUCAACCCAUGCUUCAGAGAAACCCUUUGCAUGUAAAGAGUGUGGGAAAGCCUUUGCUUCAUCCCCACGACUUAGUCAGCAUAUAAGAAUUCACAGUGGAGAGAGACCCUACAUAUGUAAGGAAUGUGGACGAGCCUUCCUCACUUCCUCGUACCUGCGGAACCAUGUAGGAAGAACUCACAGUGGAGAAAGACCCUACAUAUGUGGAGAAUGUGGAAAAGCCUUCCAUUCUUACUCAAAUCUACGUAGACAUGUAAGAACUCACAGUGGAGAAAGACCCUAUAUAUGCAAGGAAUGUGGAAAAGCCUUCCUCAAUUCCUCAUACCUACAUAACCAUAUAAGAAAAACACACAGUGGAGAGAUGCCUCACAUAUGUGGUGAAUGUGGGAAAGUCUUCCAUGCUUCCUCAUACCUGCGUAGACACUUAAGGACUCACAGUGGAGAGAGACCAUGCAUAUGUAAGGAAUGUGGGAAAGCCUUCCUCAACUCCUCGUAUUUACGUAAGCAUCUAACCAUUCACACUGGAGACAAACCCUACGAGUGUAAGCAAUGUGGGAAAGCCUACCGCAAGUACAAUCUGCUACACGACCAUUUAAAAACUCAUGCGGUAGAAAAGCCGUUUGAAUGUGAUGUAUGUGGAAAAUCCUUUCAGUAUUUCUCAUACCUCACUAAACACAUUCGUAUUCACACCGGAACAAAACCUUAUAAAUGUAAGUACUGUGGGAAAGACUUCACUACUUCCUCAAGCCGAACUGAACAUAUCCGAACUCACACUGGCGAGAGGCCUUAUGAGUGUACGGAAUGUGAGAAAACCUUCAGUUCCUCAUCUAACCUCAUUCACCACGUAAAAAUCCAUGCUAGAGAGAAACCUUUUGUUGAGAAUGUAGGGAAGCCUACAGUAGAUUUUCCCUGCUAACCAAACACUAGUAACUCAGGUAAACAGUCACUUAAGAUAGGAGGAAUGCCAGAAACCCUUCACCCCUCAUGUCUUGGUUUCGUCAGACUGGGACUUACACUACUAAGAAGCCAAGGAAUGUCCAACAGCCCCCAGCUGUGACAGUUUACUCUGAAAACAUGAAAAGAACUCAUACUCAAGAUGUCCCAUGAAUUUACGGAAAUAGUAAAGCCCUCACUCCUUCCUAGGACCAUACUAAAUGUGUGAGACUUCACAGUGAAGGGAAAUCACUGAUGUAAGAUGCAUAGAAGGUUGUAGUUCUAUUAAAUAUUUUAAAAUCACUUUUCCCAACAGUUGAGAAAACCUUAUGAAGGUAAGGAGUGUUAGAAAGUAACGUGAACUCCAUUCUCAGUAUUUAGUAACAUUAUAAUUCAUACCCAAGAGAAAUUAACUAUAAGGAACUUUUGUCCACGUGCCCUCAAGUGUGGUGUGCUGGCAGCAUUAAGGCCUGUUGGGUGAUAUUUAUUUUGAACUUUUGUCCUGAUUCCUGUCCUGAUAGUCCUCGAGUUAUGAUAUGUUUUCUUUCCUACAAGCAACACCAUUUCAUCUUGGUUGCUACAACUUCUGUGUAGUAAGCUGGUAUUAUGAGGACUUUUGAACUAUAAACAUUGUUUUAGUGUAAUGCAGAUUCUGUUGUUGGCUUACCAACUAUUAAACAUGCUACUCUAUAGUAACUUACAGCAGCUGAGUUUCAUAAUACAGUCUUCAAGGUUGUUAAAGUGCCCUUGCUCCCUUUUCACAACUUUUAGAUAAAAGUUGAUAAACAAGUAAGCAAACAAGCUAGUAGAAUUCCUUUCACAAACAGUUGAGCUAGGAAUCCAUAAAUCCAUCAGUCCUCGAUGGAGCCAGAGCCCUCAAGAUCCAGACGGCUCUCGUCCUACACUGCGAACUCUACAGCCCUAUGGUCCAAGCCUGCAGUACAUGAAUGUUUGGGGGUACAUUUCAGAUAUAAUACAACCCCUCCUGGCUUCUGGUAAUUCCUCAAGAUUACAGAUAACUCGAAUGCUUGGGGACAUGUUUUAUAAUCAUUAUAAUUUGUAGUUGUAUCCUAUUGUAUGUGCAUAUUGGGAGUGGGAUAGGUGUACGUGUCACAGUGCACAUGGGGAGGUCAGACAUGGCUUGGCAAGCCUUAACUCACUGAGCUGUCUCACCGACAUGUACUUUUCAUAUUCUGAGCAAUUCAAUGAGGCCCAGAGAGAUGACUCUGUGGUUAAGAACACUUUCUGUUUCAGAGGACCAGAGUUUAGUUCCCAGCAUUCACACUGAGAUGUUCACAACUGCCUUUACUCAAGCUCCAGGGGAUCAGACUUCCUCUUCUAGUCUCUGGGUACCCACAGACAAGUGCACAUACAGUCACAUAAAUAAAGUCUUUUAAAAAGGAAAAAAAAACAACUAAUAGAAUCCCAAACUCUAUUAUUUUCUAAGAACCCACUAAGCAUGUAUGUCCCAUGUCCUAAAUCAAUCUAGAUCAAAACUGAAGGUAAAUAGAGACAUCACCUAUAUAUACUCUUGCUUAUUAGAAUUAUUCAAAAGUAUUGAUCUUAACAUUUUUUUUCCAGCCGUACUUUUGCUUCUUGGCAUAAAUUUCAAUAAACAUUGUGGCUAAGGCUUUUCUUGCUUCCA